CAAAUCAUUUUAUUGGUUUUUAUAAUUCAACUGCACAACCUUUUCCAACAUGAAUUCUCAAUCUAAUGAUAUGAAAGAAAUGAUCAAUGGUGUGAAAUGUGUCAAACUUGAAGACAAUUCGAUGUGCACAUCCAAUUCAUUCAAUCAAACACAAAACCAAUCAUUCAACCAGUAUCAAGAUCAGGCCACGGAAUUGAAGACUGAGUUUACCGUAAAAGCUGAAAGUCCGAUCCAAAUGCCAUCGUUUAAGGAAAUGACAAUUCGAAAGCCAAAUGAUCGUCAAUUUGUUCAAUUUAAAGAUUAUUUUUCCCGAAUUGAACCUGAAUCGAAACCAGAAAAUCUUCUUCUGUCUAUCAACAUGAAUCGAGACUUUAACGAGCCUGAGUGGACGUUACAUCAAAUUUAUUCAACGUACGACAUUCUGGUAUUCGGAACUAAAUUACCAAAAAGUUCAAUUACAGGGUUAGCUAAAAAACAAAAAAGAGCUAAAACAGAAAUCGAUUAUAUGCUAAAAGGUCGUCAAUUUCAAUCAAAGACAGAGGAUAUUGAAAGUCAAUGUCAACUUUACUCCUCAAUCGAUUAUUCAUUCAUUCGCAAACCUUCGCAUUUAGAAAUCGGUUUAUUCAGGGCGUACUAUGAUAUUGAAGGUAAUUGCUCGAAAGAGUUAUUAUUAAAGCUUUUAAACACCGCGAACCGUGGCGGGCGACAGUGGACUAUGGCUGAAGUGUUUGCAACUCUCGAGAUUCUGGUAAUGGGAACAAGAAUGUCAGAUGCUAGGAGUGUUCGCAUAACUAAAGAACAGAAAAGGGCACUAAUGGAUAUCAAAGAGUUCAUUGAAAAUUAUCCUCAUCAAGUGUCCAAAUCGUCGACUUUAAAUUGAAAUAAAAUUUGAUAGAAAAUGUAUCAAUAUUUGUCUUAUUUUUGGUUAUAAACAACGUGGGCCUGAGGCAGUGAGAGCGGUCAAUGUUUUCUACUACCUAACAUACGAGGGAAAUAUUGAUUUAAGUACAAUUUCUUGUAAUGACCCUGCCCUUAAAGAUGCUAUCGAAGCUCAAAUCCGACAUUUCGGUCAAACACCAUCACAGUUAAGCACCGAACCUCAUCCUCCUCGAUCAUCGGCUCUCCAUGUUUCACCUCUAAUGUUUUCGCCGGUGAUGGAUGAGAUUUGCAUGUCGAUAAAGUUCCCCUUUAAUGCAGCCAUUACCGCCAUCGCUGCUUGUACAAUGAACACUUCGUCCAACUCAACAGGCGGUUCUUCGACAUCAUCAUUUCGAGCGAGAAUGGACUAUGCCUGAAGUGUUUGAAACUCUCGAGAUUCUGGUAACGGGAACUUGAAUGUCAUAGGAAAAAAGAGUUCGAAUGACUAAACAUAACAGAAAAAGCUCUAAUUUGGUCUAUUCAAAGUUCUUUGAUAGUUUCUCUUUUUUAUUUAAUCAACAAGUGUAAAUAAUUGUUUUUUUUUCAAGAUAAUUAGUAAAUUGUUACAACAAAAUGUUUUAUUUCAAUAACCAUUUGUCCAAAUAUACCCUUAUUUAAUUUCGUAAAGUUAAUCGAGGGAAACAGAAAAGAAGAAAAAAAAAUUAAAUUAAUGUUAUAAUAAUUAUAAUCGUAAUUGGUAAUAAUCUGAUUAAUCAAACAGGUUGUUAAUCAGGAUUAAUUUAGAAGAAGAGGAAAAGAAAAGUACAGAUUAAUUUCCAAGUU